AUGAAAAGCCAAAAUUUGACAGAAUUCAUUUUACUUGGACUAUCAGACAUCUUGGAGUUUCAAGUUGUAAUUUUUAUAUUUCUUUUCAUCACUUACAUAUGCAGCAUCAUUGGAAAUCUGACCAUCAUCACCCUCACACUACUGGAUUCCCAUCUUCAGACUCCUAUGUAUUACUUCCUCCGGAAUUUCUCCUUUUUGGAAAUUUCCUUUACAUCCACUUUUACUCCUAGACUUCUGUUUAGCAUCUUAACUGGGAAUAAGACUAUCAGCUUUGCUGGAUGCUUCACUCAAUAUUUCUUUGCCAUUUUCUUUGGGGCCACAGAGUUUUACCUUCUGGCAGCCAUGUCCUAUGACCGCUAUGUGGCCAUCUGCAAACCCCUACAAUACACCACGAUCAUGAACAACAAAGUGUGCACACAGCUGGUUCUCUGUUCUUGGUUAUGUGGAUUCCUGAUAAUUUUAUCCCCAAUCAUAUUGACUAGUCACCUAGAUUUCUGUGCCUCCAAUGUGCUGAAUCAUUAUUAUUGUGACUAUGGACCCCUCAUAGAAAUAUCUUGCUCAAACACAAGUGUAUUAGAACUGGUUGACUUUAUCUUGGCAAUUAUGACCUUGGUGGUUACACUGGUGAUGGUGAUUGUUUCCUACACAAAUAUCAUGAAGACCAUUCUGAAGAUCCCUUCUUCUCAGCAAAGGAAAAAGGCAUUUUCCACAUGUUCUGCCCACAUGAUUGUCAUCUCCCUUUCUUUUGGAAGCUGCAUUUUCAUGUACAUAAAGCCAUCAGCAAAAGAAGGAGUUGCUUUCAAUAAGGGAAUAGCUUUGCUCAAUACUUCCAUUGCCCCUUUACUGAACCCAUUCAUUUAUACUUUGAGGAACAAACAGGUAAAACAAGCCAUGAAGGACAUAUCUAGGAAAAUAUUACAUCUAUAUUCAUCUUAG